CUUCCCACGUUCCCAAUAUUCACUCCCUCACUCUCUUUCAUAACUUCCCUGUUCUCUCUCCCUCCCUGCCUCCUCUUCUCUCUCUAUAACUUCUCUUCCCCCUCUAUUACACGUUUCUACAAAUGCGCUUCCUUCCCCAAUUCAAAUUCACUUCCAGCCCAGGUGAAAGCCAAUUGCAUUUGUAAUGCUGCACUCUCCCCCUCUUCUUGAGUUCAGAUGAUGACAGUUCCCAUGUCUUUUUCUAUGUUUCAAGGCCCCAGAUUUAGAAUCCAUACUUUAGCCAAUUUCUGGAAUGGAAGCUUCCAGAGCUGCACUAGGAGGUACAAGACUAACGCAAAACUACAUGAUUCCAGAACCCAAGGGCUUGAGGGAACAAGUCCUAAGAAAUGGACUAGAAGGCCUCUGACAACAAAUACAGAAGGAAGUGAAAAAACUGCUCGUAGCAGUAAAGCGAGCAGCAUUACACAGGAAAUUUUGGAUGGAACAGUUUCAACAACUACUAACUUAAAUAUAACUAAGACAGCUAUGGGUCAAUACCAAAAGAUUCAACAUUAUGACAUUCGACUAGAGAUUGCUAAGAAUAAGGAUUUGGCAAACCUUGUAACAAUUAUUACUUUUGAUAUUGAAACCACUGGGUUGAGUAGGGAGAACGAUAGGAUCGUUGAGAUUGGAGUUCAAGAUCUUCGUGGCGGCAAGGAUAGCACGUUCGAGACAUUGGUAAACCCUGAACGUUAUGUUGGAAAUGCAGAUGUUCAUCAAAUUACCUCAUGUAUGGUAAACAGACCUGAUGUUCCAAGGAUGAAGGAUCUGAUACCAAUCUUACUGCGGUAUGUUGGAAGCCGUCAAAAACCCGGGGGUUACGUAUUGUUGGUAGCUCACAAUGCUCGUAAUUUUGACGUGCCCUUUCUGAUUAAUGAAUUCAACCGUUGCUCGGUACAUAUUCCUCCAAAUUGGCUAUUCCUAGACACCCUUCCCUUGGCACGUGAAGCAAUGAAAUCUGAAGGAUUGAAACUUAAGACAAAUCUGCAAGUCCUUCGCGAGCACUACGAAAUUCCAUUGGUUGGUCCAGCUCAUAGAGCCAUGUCAGACGUGAAAUGUCUGUCAUUGAUUCUUCAGAGGCUUACUUACGACCUGAAGCUUUCACUCUCUGACCUUAUUGGGAGAUCUUUCACUGCCUCAGAUUUAAUCAGCCAAAAGAAGAAGAAGAGCUCAGGCUAGUCAUGCUUCGGUGUUGUACCAACUCUUUGUUCUUAUAAUCCAAUUUAUUAUUCCAAGAGCAGCAAGCUCAUGCCCAUUAACACCUGGUUGUAUUUUGUAUUAUCAAAGGUGUAGACAAUACUGGUGGGGCAGGCGGGUCGCUGCCGCCAUGUGGGGUUGGCUUUUUUAAACAGAGCCAUUCAUUGUUAUUAUUAACACAAUUCUUACCAAUAAA